AUUUAUAUGAUGCUUACACUAAAAACAAAAAUUCUUAUGCUCUUCAUAGUACAUUAAAUUCUAGGUUAUUUUAAAACGAAAAAAUAUAUAAAAGGCAUCUAUAUAUCUGCGCUUUACAAUUAGGAUGCAGACUGUUUAUUUUCAUGUGUAUACAGGCACGCGCUGUAUGUGAAGGACGUCUGCGCUGUAAAGUGUCUGCACAGAAGAGGUGAGCAGAUUUAAGGAUUUAAAAAUGCCUGAAGUGGGUACAAAUCGUGGUUAUCUGGAAACGGACAUAGACGAGAUUCAAGACCAGCCGACAGUUGAAUCCAAUUCGGUACCAUAUGCUGGAAGUAGAUCAAAUUCCCGGCAAAACGGUGAUAUUGCAAUCAACAACACCCCCGAAGAUAAUGUCCCGGAAGAGACGCUAAAGACGCCAUUUCUCGACAAAGAGCCUUAUCAAGGAGGAACUUAUAGGACGGACGAUUCGUUGUUUAGUUCUAACAAAGACGAAAGUCAAACCAAUCAGACUGAGGAACACGUCUCUAGUAAAUCUCCUUUCUUGCAAGUAAAUCCACUAGAGGCAUCAUACGCUGUGGACGAAUCGGAGGGUUCGGAGGUAGUUUCUAAUACGCCGAGUUUUCCCCAAUAUCGACAUAUUGCUGCCGUCAUUUUGUUCUUGCCACUGGGUUGGUUUGCGUACAAGAAAGCAAAAGAGGCUUAUGGAGAACAGUCGAAGACAAACUACAAGAAGAAACAAAGAAGACGGGAAUUUGCAGAAGGCCUCACCACUCUAUCUAUUUGCCUUGGAGUUGCAAUGCUCUGCCUUUUGUUAUUUCUUCUAGUAGCACGUCUGCUUUCGUUCUUUUGGCAGCCAGGAAACCUUGCUAAAUUGUGUCACGAUAUCCAAGUGCUUGGAUAUACAAGUCGGGCAUGCCCGAACAUUGAAAUUGGAUAGAACAUACAAGAUGGCGGAGGAUAAUUACAUUUAAGUAGAUGGUGACUGAGACGAAUCAUCACGUUUCGUUAUUUAGAUAAUGACGAUAGUGCAUUUUUGUGUAACACGUGAUACAUAUGUGUAUUAUGUAAGCGAAAAAUAUACUCAGAAUAUCGCUCCUGUGAUUAGUUUCUUCUUCUUUCUUCUUCUUUAUAUACGAGGGCUCCAUCAGUUUGAUGAUUAUGCCAUCGGGGGUCCUAUUGUAGAGGCGUGAAGGGGUUAUUUAUAGUGAUUAGGGGUGGGGGGUUAUUUUUUUUUGUGAUUUCUUUU